GACGAAACCACCCCUGAGAGACCGUUUCAGUGACCUCAUUGUCCGAAAAUCAGAACUUUCCCCAACGGCUACUCACAGAGAGCCAAAUUUAAAACUUAACGACUCCUUCACUCUUCAAACUCUCCGUCUCUGACCAAAUCUCGCUUCCGCUGCCGCUCACGCAACCACACACUCCUCCUCUAUCCCUCUCUCGUUCGCUCUGCGGAAAUGGAAGAAGAAACUAGGAGUGUGGGGAUUGAAAGCGGCCACGAAGGCGGGGACGAGUUCUACGAGAAGAUCGAGGCCCCUAAGUUCGUUGAUUUUACCGAUUCCGACCCGCACCGACCAGACGACCGGUACUGGUUCUGCAUGCGAGUCGGAUGUGAUCAGAAGCAUGAAGAAGAAUUGGACUCUGAAGCAAUUUACAGGAACUUCGUUCUUCGGGUUAUGGCAGCAAGAAGUCCUAAUGUGAAACUUAGAAAAACAUUGGCCAGAAAAGCACCAAGUUUGAAAUGCCCACUUACAGAUCCUGCAAAAUCUUCCAAGCCUAGAGUAUCAAGGUUGGCCCUGAUUUCUUCCUUCUCUCAUAAGAUGGCUGAUGCCGAAAAUAGAGCCAGAAAACCUCUUCAUAAGAUCUGUGCAACACCAAAUGUUAAAGCAAAGCAACCGACUGCUGUGUCCAAGGCUCUCACUACACCAAGAAAUCGGAAGCCCGUCUCAAAUUCAGAAACAUUUCGAAGUGUUAGGAACCCCAAACUGAAGAACAUUGUGGUCCCAAAGAAUAGUCGGCCGGUAGCCAAAGCUCUGGUCUUUCACUCUCCGAAGAAGCCUGUGAGAACCAAGGCUUCAAUGGAGCGGAGUAGUCCUGUGGGAAAAAUUUGUUCAGCUAUGAAGAAACUUGAGAUCACAAGUGGGAAGAAACAUGUUUUGGGGUAUAACAAGCUGUUGCCUUUAGAUACCUCAAGAAAACAGUUUAGAGGGCGAGAGGUCAAAAGCCGGGUUUUUGAUUCUUUGCGUUCUAAUAAUUGCAAGGGCCAGGAAGCCAAAACCUUGAAGAGAAAGAACAUGGAAAAAGACUUGAGACAACAUUGUGAUCCUGCGCCUGGUGAAGAGGUUGAUGAUAAUGAUUCCAGUGACAUGGAAGUUGAUAAAAAAUCAAGGGAAGGCGCAUUGAAAGGGUUCUCCAUGUCAGCCACUUCUCAGAGUGGAAGACUGAAUGGUGAGAAAGACUUGAGACAACAUUGUGAUCCUGCGCCUGGUGAAGAGGUUGAUGAUAAUGAUUCCAGUGACAUGGAAGUUGAUAAAAAAUCAAGGGAAGGCGCAUUGAAAGGGUUCUCCAUGUCAGCCACUUCUCAGAGUGGAAGACUGAAUGGUGAGAAUGAAGUUGAAAUCCUAUCCGAGACCUUGAACGGUGAUACUACCUCCUUGUCGGGUUCUGAAGAGAGGGAUUCGAAUGAGAAUUACAAUAAGGAAAAUGCCAAUAAUGGAAACGGUUAUGAAGAGAAAACAAAGUUAAGAUCAGGGACGAGGAGCACCCUUGAACAAGUUGACGACGAUGAUGAUAAAGAAAAUAAUACAGCCUCUGAUGAGAACAGAGGACUGAAUAUCAAUGAUCAUUCCACAAGGAUAAAUCUCGGCAAGCAUGAUGCUUCAAAAAACUCACAAAAGGUCAAUCAAGCAGAUAAGAUUCCGAAAGAAAGCUCCACAUCUGCUGCCAGCAAUGCUCAAGGGGUGAAGUAUAGGAAACCGAAGUCUACAAAUCCCAAGCCUUUUAGGUUUAGAACCAAUGAAAGAGGGAUGCUUAAGGAAGCAACUUCGGAGAAAAAAGUUCAUGCACCGCUGAAGGAGAUCACAUUAGUCGGGACUCCAGUGGCAAAGUCCACAAGCAAACAUCAGAAUGUGAUACAGAUAACUAAAAAUUGCCUUGGACAAAGUGAACAUGAAAAUGAUACCCAGGGAUGCUGUGAAAAGAGAUUAGACAGAAGAACACGACUGAAAGAAAAUGGAAUGAAGGGAGCUACUUGUUUGAAGACCCCAAACGUAGACUUUGAACGAAAAGCAUCUGUGGUUACUCCACUAAGACGUAAAGUUUCUACAUACGAAAAGGCCAGCCCUGAGAGAGAGCACAAAUCAAAGGAAAGGACUAAAUCUCCAAAGGUGCAGCAAAGAUCUGUGACACGGAGAGGGGUAGAUUCAAGUAGAAAGAAGGCAGUGGUUUCCUCCAGGACACCUUGUCAGCUUAGUGUAAUAAAGGAAACUUCAUCAAGAAAGAUAAGACCCAAGAAAGCUGUAGCACCAUGCAGUGCUUCUCCGGCAACCAAAGGUUCCGCUUCUUCCCCUUCCAGGUCAUUGUCAAGGGGACGAAGGCCUACAACUGUUCCUAAAAAGCCAUAUUUUCACAACAUCCAUGUACCAAAGACCUGCGCAGGGCUGCACAAGGAAAACGACUCUUUGGAUGAACCAUAAAAUUAAGCUUGUUUUGUUGUGUGAUAUCUUGUUUGUUCAAUAAUAUCAUUGAAUUGUAUUUGGUUGCGGGAAUUGUUUAUUUCCUUGGAAGCAAAAGAAAGCAAAAGGGUGUAUUGAACAUUAGAGGCUUGAAUUGUAUCUAGUCAUUCAAAGGAAACAUGCAAUAUUUAGGGAAA